UGCUCCAUUGCAUGUUUAAAUUGAGGCAAUUGUCAAACUACUUAACGUUGUGUAUUACUGGACGAGCAGUUGUGAGCACUGGUUUUUGCCAGAAUCGAAAUAAUUGCUUUCAGUUUUGACUUCACCUAUUGAAGAUACAUUUUUUGGGUGAAAUUUCCAGUUUUCCUUCUAUAUACAUGAUGAAUAUGAACAAAUAAGAAAAGAGGAGAGUAAAGCAUUCACUUUUUGAAGCUCGUUUAAGUUUCAAACUGAGCUCUAAUAAGCUACUACUCGGCUCAUUUAUCACCCCUAAUCCUAUGAGAUCGGCUCGUCUCAUAAACUAACCAAGUUUGAACACAUUUUCGAGCUUGUUAAGCCUUCAAACCAAAACACGGCUGCAUUUGUAGUGAAUAUAAUAUCUGCUCGCCUGUGAUCUAUGGGCCUGAUGAAUACUGCACUGGUUCAAGACCUCUUUGUUGAGCUAUAGGUUGGUAAAGCAACUGUGUGCUAAAUUCGUGUGCUGAAAGUUAUCUUACAUCUUAUUAUUUCGCCCCCCAAAACACUGGCUAUAUGUUUGGAUGAUGAUUUCGUGAAGUGAUUAAUGGAGGAAAAGAGAGAGUAAAAGACGGAUAUGAAAAAGUGAAGUAAAGAAGCUUUAUGAGUUUCUUUGGUUUCUCGUAUAAUUUCCUUGGUCUUGAUAAGUUCCUCCAUAGGCGUCAAAAAGUGCAAAUCUUUUCAUUUGGAUGCAUUUCCAGCCACUUCUGAUGGACAUUACUGCCUACCUACAAAUCCGAAGGCUAAAUCCUGUUUCACAUCUGAUGCUAAUACCAAGCCUUGAAUCUUACAUUUUUCUCAUGCUCAUACCAAGCAUGAGAGACACAAUAUGUGGGGUGUGUGGGAUUGAUGAUUUCCUCAUUAUAGGUUUUGUAGGGUUAAUCCUAUACUGGGUUCUAUGUCCGCUCCUUAUUAGUUCGACCAACCGAACGUGGCCUGAGAUUAUUAGUUUUCUUUCAAUAGUUUUGAAUUGCUCAUUUCGGUAAUUUGGGGACCAGCCUACUUCUAUGUUAUAUUGCUUUCCUGCUUGUCUGAAGUUUCUUAAGAAUUUAUUUUUGUCUUCAACUUCUAUGUUGCUUAGUUGUAUUGUUAUGUGUAAAACAUUAUGAUUUACUUGCAAAGCUUGAUGCUUCAGAAAUGUCUAGAGGGUAGAUAGAAAUUACUAAUUAGCAUGGGAGGAGGAAAUGAUAUUUUGAAGCCAAGGAGGACAGUUUUUGUGACUGUGGGGUCAACUUGUUUUGAUGCUCUUGUUCAAGCAGUCGACACAAGUGAAGUUAAGGAAGAGUUGUUUCGGAAAGGUUACACCGACCUACUCGUUCAAAUUGGUUGCGGGUCCUAUGUUCCCAUUAAGUCUACAGGAGAAUGCGAGUCCCUGCAAGUUGACUGCUUCACUUACUCAUCCAGCAUUGCAGACAACUUGAGAUCUGCUUCUCUAGUGAUUAGUCAUGCAGGGUCUGGAAGCAUAUUUGAGACGUUGCGCUUGGGCAAACCUUUGAUUGUUCUGGUGAACGAGGACUUGAUGGACAAUCAUCAAAGCGAGUUAGCAGAGGAACUAGCUCAGAGGAAGCAUUUACUGUGCACUCGGCCUCAAGAUCUCUACCAAACUAUUGGGGGCAUGAAUCUGGAGUCUCUUGUCCCUUAUCCACCUGCUGAUGCAACCCCAGUUGCUAAGCUUAUGAGCAGAUUUCUUGGCUUCCCGGAUGAUUGAAGAUACGCUAGACUUGGACUUUUUCUUGUGACGAAUUAGAAAAAAAAUGUUUCUUUUUUGUAUGUCAAACAAAUUGCACAUCACUUCGAACAGAAAGACUAAAGGCCACCUACUUACUAAUAAGAAAGGGGCCGACUUUAGAUCGAAGGAAUAUCCUACUCGUUCGUCACUACACUAAGCUGAUCGAUCAAGGGGUUUAGUUUUGAUUGAAGGUUCCAUCAGUUUGUGCACUGUUAUUAGGGAUGUAAUUAGAAAGAGGAACUGUACGUCGUUUGAGCAUUUCAAAAGUUGCUAGAGUGAUGACUACAGUUGCCUGAUCAUUAUG